GCGGAAGUGGCUGUCAGCUGAGCUCUCAUCACGUGACUAGCUGUGGCAGCGAUCCUCCAUUCUACCGUCUCCGGUGCAGCUUGUUUGUCUCUCUUCUCUCCGUUAAUCCUCCGGUACCCGGUACCCGAACCCUCCGAUGGCCGGCCGCGGGAAACUGAUCGCUGUUAUCGGCGACGAGGACACGUGCACGGGCUUCCUGCUCGGCGGGAUCGGCGAACUGAACAAGAACCGCAAACCGAACUUCUUAGUGGUGGAGAAGGACACGAGCAUCGCGGAGAUAGAAGAGACCUUCAAGAGUUUCCUGGCUCGCAGCGACAUCGGCAUCAUCCUGAUCAACCAGUUCAUCGCCGAGAUGAUCCGGCACGCCAUCGACGGCCACAUGCAGUCCAUCCCCGCCGUGCUGGAGAUCCCGUCCAAGGAGCACCCGUACGACGCCGCCAAGGACUCCAUCCUGCGCCGCGCCAAGGGCAUGUUCUGUGCUGAGGACUUCAGAUAGACACACACAGACACACACACACACACACUACUCACACACACACACACACAGACACACACACAGAGACACACACACAGACACACACACACACACUACUGACACACACACACACACUACUCACACACACACACACACACACACACACACACACACACAGAGACACACACACACAUAGGGCAUGUUCUGUGCUGAGGACUUCAGAUAGACACACACAGACACACACACACACACACUACACACACACACUACUCACACACACACACACACACACACACACACACACACACACACACACACACAGAGACACACACACAUAUAUACACACACAUAGGGCAUGUUCUGUGCUGAGGACUUCAGAUAGACACACACACUACUGACACACACACACACACACACACACACAGACACACACUGUGCUGUGAUUAAUUUAAACGUUCCUGACUUGUUUCUCUGUAAUGUUAAAGAAACGUAGCGCUGCCAGUUGAUCGUAAUAAGAAGAUAUUUUAGUUUUCCCGCCAUUAUUCGGCCGUAUAAAUAUUAAUAUUAAUAUUAAUAUUAAAUUAUGUCAACAUUAAAGUGGACUCCGAGCCUUUGGUCAGAGUCCAACCUGAUGAGGAGACCAUCCCAUGUAGCCCUGACUCCAACGGGUGAACCUGGUGUUGUAAUAAUGUUAAAAUAUCUUCUGUUACCGUAGUAACGUGUGACUGAUCCAGGCAGCGCUGCGUUUCCGUAGCGACGUAUAAGUGAGUAUUGAUAUGUUGAGUGUAGUCAUGUGACCUAAAUAUCUGCAGAUGUUCCAGAUGUGGAAGAAAAUAAAUGUUGUUGAUAUUUG